AUGGAGCCCCCGCCGCCCACUCCUUCUCCGUCGCUCUCGCUUUCCCCCUUCACACUCCCCUUAGCCCGUCGCCCUCGCUUUCCCCUCGUCGUCAUUGCUUCCCCCGUCGGUCUCGCUUUCCCCCGCCGCACACUCCUUCCCCCGUCUCUCUCGCUUUCCCCCCCUGCCCACUCCUUCUCCCGUCGUUCUCGUUUGCCCCUGUCACCCACUCCUUCCCCCAUCGCACUCGCUUUCCCACGUCGCCUCUGGCUUUCCCCCGUCGUCCUUGCUUCCCCCAUCGCCCUCGCUUUCCCCCGUCGUCAUUGCUUUCCCCCGUUGCUCUCACUUUCCCCCGCCGCCCACUCCUUUCCCCGUCUCUAUCGCUUUCCCCCGCCACCCACUCCUUCUCCCGUCGUUCUCGUUUGCCCCUGUCACCCACUCCGUCCCCCGUCGCUUUCGCUUUCCCCCGCCGCCCACUCCUUCCCCCGUCGCUCUCGCUUUCCCCUGCCGCCCACUCCUUCCCCCGUCGCCUCUGGCUUUCCCCCGUCGUCCAUGCUUCCCCCAUCGCCCUCGCUUUCCCCUCGUCGUCAUUGCUUCCCCCGUCGGUCUCGCUUUCCCCCGCCGCACACUCCUUCCCCCGUCUCUCUCGCUUUCCCCCCCUGCCCACUCCUUCUCCCGUCGUUCUCGUUUGCCCCCGUCACCCACUCCUUCCCCCGUCGCACUCGCUUUCCCCCGUCGCCUCUGGCUUUCCCCCGUCGUCCUUGCUUCCUCCAUCGCCCUCGCUUUCCCCCGUCGUCAUUGCUUUCCCCCGUUGCUCUCGCUUUCCCCCGCCGCCCACUCCUUCCCCCGUCUCUCUCGCUUUCCCCCGCCGCCCACUCCUUCUCCCGUCGUUCUCGUUUGCCCCCGUCGCCCUUUCUCUACCCCGUCGCCCACACUUGUCACCGUCCCCCACGCUUUCCCGAGUCGCACACGCGUUCCCCGGCGCCCACACUUGUCACCGUCCCCCGUCGCUCUUGCUUUCCUCUGUCAUCCUCCCUCCCUUUCCUCUGUCCUUUCUAG